CGCAGCGGGGCCGCUGCCGUGUCCUCGGGCUCUGCGCGGCCCCUGAGGCCGCGUGCGAGCGGCAGGACGGCUCUGGGCGUCCCCGGGCGGCUCGUUAGACCACUGGAGCUCCGGUAAACCGCAGCACAGCAGUUUCCCUGGCCGUGUUGUUGAAGCUAGUACGAUGGUAGCAGUUGGCCUGACCAUAGCAGCGGCUGGAUUUGCAGGUCGUUAUGUGUUAAAAGCUAUGAAGCAAGUGGAGCCACAAGUAAAACAAGCACUUCAGAAUCUACCAAAAUCUGCCUUCAGUGGUUAUUACAGAGGUGGAUUUGAACCCAAAAUGACUAAACGAGAAGCAGCUUUAAUACUAGGAGUAAGUCCUACAGCCAAUAGAAAUAAAAUUAGAGAAGCUCAUAGGCGGAUCAUGCUUCUGAAUCAUCCAGAUAAAGGUGGCUCUCCAUAUGUGGCAGCCAAAAUCAAUGAAGCUAAAGAUUUACUGGAAGACCAAGCUAAAAAAUGAAUGUAGGAGGCAGUAAUUCAGUUUGUUCAUGUAAAUGAGUAUUUUUGAUAAAUGACUUAAGGAAAGUUGCAAUGUUAGUCUUUUGACUUGGUAUAAAUUAAACUUGGAGGUGGGGGAGAAAUCCAGAGAGGUAUUUCCCUUCCUCAUCCACUUAGUCACUUUUGAGAAGGUACCUGAGGGAGUAAGGCUUGGAAGUUUUUUUAAAGCUACUCUUUGGUUGAAGUAAAAAAAUCUACCACUCUGCAGUAUUUUCACAGUGUCAUAUAGCAGUAAUCUGGUUUGGACAAUUAUUUUUGCAUGUUACCGGAUACGGAUAGACUGACGUGCUGUUGGCCUUUUAUUAAACUAGCUAUAUUUCAAGUUCACCCUGUUGUUCUUCAGUACGCUUAAGUUAGCCUAUGCUGAGGAUACUGAUGAAGAAGGUCUUCCAGAAACAGAGUUUAUGGGAAAGGAGGGAGGGAAUGAAUCAACAGGUGUUUUUUUUUUUGCACAGAAAGAACUAGCAUAGUUACCUGGUCAGUUCUAAUUCAAGAAAUAAAGCAUAAAAUACUGAAUGUACUUAGCUGAUGUGCCUUGUGGGGAAAAAAAAGGCUGGUUCAGCUACUUUGUGUUACUGAUCUGGAAUGGGCCAAGUUUUCCAGUUACUACCAAAAUUUGAUUUUUAUAGCAUUUAAUAAAGCUAAAUUUUUAAUACAAA